CGUUCGACUAUUAUUAAUUUUGCUUUUACACAUACUUGGUUUAUUAAUUAUUAGUAUGAAUUAAAAUAUUCGUAACUUGAAUUAUUGCGGCCUCGAGUAUGAUUAGAGAGUUUUAAUAAUAUUAAUUUAUUGUUCAACUUAACACCUAUAAGACGUCAAAAUGAUUGAAUACUCAGAUCCAGAAUUCGAAAAGAAGCUAAUGCUUUUAAAAGACACCCAAGACGCAAUUCAAUCAUUGUCUACAUGGUGCCUUAAACGACAUGAACACUACAAAAGCAUAAUUACCAUCUGGUUAAAGGCUAUUAGGAAAGUGAAGAUCGAGAAACGUUUGACUUUGUUUUAUUUAGCCAAUGAUGUCAUACAAUACAGUAAGAAAAAAAAUUACAAGUUUAUUGAUGGAUGGGCAACUGCUAUUCAAAAAGCUAUUCCUUAUGUUAGAGAUGAAAAAAUACAAUCUAAAAUUUUAAGAAUUAUUAAAAUUUGGGAAGAAAGAGGUGUAUAUGAUGAUAGUUAUUUAGCUGAUCUAACUGGUUUAUUAACUACACCAAUUCAAAAGUUAAAAUUAGCUGAUCCUGUACAAGAAUUUCAAAUACAUGCAUUAGCAGUUAAAAUACGUUCUUGUGUAAAACUGGAACAAAUUACAGACUUGAAAAUGAAGAAUUUAAGAGAAGCUAAUCUACCUCUUACUAAUAAUGAAGCCAUACAGAACAUGUUAAAAGAUCGGACUCGGAGUCAUGAGUUUCUUAAUGAAUUAAAUGAUGGCAUGUCAAAAAUUGAAAGUUACAUUAAAUGUCUCAAAAGAGAAACUAUUGAUCGUGCUCAACUAAUAGAUGCUUUAGAAGUUGCUACGUCUUACUAUGAUGAACAAAAUGGUGAAGUUAAAACUGUUGCUCAAGCUUAUUUUAACUACACUAAAAGAGUAAAACUUCUAAAGAGUAAAUUGGAAUCUCUAGUUGGUUCUAUGCCAACAGAUAGUCCAAUGCCUUCACCUGAUAUCAAUGCACCAUCCCCUUCGACUUCUUCAGUUUCUAUUGAAGACUUAAAUGUACAAAAUGUCAAUUAUGACACUGUAUUAAAUUCUGAUAAAUAUGUGACAAAUUCUUCAAUGGAAAAUAGUGUAAAUGAUGCUGAUAUUUAUGUGCCCAGUAUGGUUAUCAAUAAUGUUAAGUCAUAUAUUACUCCUGACACGUACACUACUGUCCAAGAAUCGUAUGAUCCAGCUUCUGUGAGUUUUCCAGCCAUAGAAAAUCAAGAUCAUCAAUCAUUAACUAGCCAGUUUCCAUAUGAUGCUCCAUCGCCACCUCCAGAGGAGACUUUUGCGUAUUCAGCAUUUCCUAAUCAAACAAAUGUAUCAUAUACUAAUGAUAUGAGUAACCAUGAUAAAAGUUCGACUUAUUCUACAAGUAAUUAUGAAGCUUAUGUACCUACUCCAAUGUUAUCUAGUCAGCAAUUUAUAACCUCUGAAUUUUCUAAUAAUAUGGUACCUCCUACUAAUUCGUCAUCGCUUAUAAAUGAAAAUACUUUACCAGUAUCUCAUGUUCCACAAACAGAUUGGAAUGUAAGUGUGCAUAAUGAUUGGUCGACAAAUGAUACACCAGCGUCACCGCCUUUUCAUGAAAAAAUCUCCUAUCAAAACACUCCCAAUAUCAGUAAAUCUAAUGGAGGGCCAGGAAUUGAUCAUUGUGUUUUAGCAUCAAAAAUAAUUGAUAGAGAUGAAAGAAUUCCUCAAGAAAUUAUAUCUAAAACUUCUGAUAUUGACCAUAGAAACUUAAUAAGUUUGACAAAUUCACCAUGUAUGAAUUCAUCAGUGGUAUCUAUUGAUGUUGAUUAUCGAGCAUUUCCUGGAAUUCCUAUGCCACCAUCACCACCAUCUCUGCUUAUGGAAGCAGUCAAUAAACCGCCUAAAGAUAAUGUAGAAAGUGUUGAUAUGGAUUUAAGUGAUGAUGAUGAGAAACCUAAAUUAAACCAUGAUCAAAAACAUCCUAUACUUUUACCUCCACCUCUUCCACCACCAAUGUGUUUUGACUUUGACCAACAAAGUGCACCAGAUGUUACAAAUCAAUGGGAACAAUCAUCCCAAUUAUGGAGUCCCACUUUUAAUGAUAACCAGUGGAAUGUAGAACAAUCAGAACAAUGGAAAAAUUCUAAUCAGUGGGAACAAGAGCAAAGUGAUUCAAACUUUGUUAACAAUCAAACUCAACUUCAGUGGCCUCAACAUUUUCAAAGAAGUCAAUCUAAAGGAGAUUUUAGGCCAAAAUGGAGGAGAGGAACUAAUUGGACAAGAAUCCCUAGAAAUUCCAUGCACCAUCCUAGACAUCCUGGUAGAUGGAAUCAGGGACCACGUUUUGGACCGAGGAAUCAACCUUGGUAAGUGAACUGUUUUAAGUUAGACUUGACUGAUAUGAGAAAAUGUAUAUUUUUAUAAUUUAAUAAUGCUAAGAAUUGCUGUUAACAUCAAGGAACUAUUCUUAAAGUUGCUUGAGCAUUUUGUUUCAUUGUUAUGUAUUUGUAUACUAAUAAUUUAAGUUGAUUAUUAUUUACAAAAAUGUGAUGUGUAUUAAUUACAUUAAAAAGGAUUUUUUAUAUAUAUUUGUUAUUGCUUUGAUAAUUGUAUCAUACCUGUCAGCACUUAAACUGACCACGAAUCUCAUAUU